GAGUAGCUGGGAGAAUGAAAUAUAUUUAUACGGUGGCAUUUGGUCCUUGUUCAUGUGUUUUCACUUACUUUUCACUUGGAAACCAAUAUUAACUUAAUUAAAAUACCCACUGAAAAGACGUCUUUAUAAGAAAAAUCGACGCUUCUUCCAGAUAUAUCUGACCUGGACUAUUUGUGACAGACUUGCAGGAGAGAAAUCGGGAGUUAUUUCAAAGGUGCAAAGACUUAAGAUAUUUGCUGUGAUUAAUUAAAAAACCCCGGGAUCACCAUGGCAGAGACGGCAGCAGCACCAGCCCAGAAGGCAAGGAAAACUAAAUCCCAGAAGAAAUCAGCAUCUCACCCCAAAUACUCGGAAAUGAUCAAAUCUGCUAUCCACGCCGACAAAAGUCGCGGAGGUGCGUCUAGACAGUCUAUUCAGAAGUACAUAAAAAGCCACUACAAGGUAAGCGACAACGCGGACUCUCAGAUCAAACUGUCACUUAAGAGGCUUGUGGCCACUGGGAUCCUGCGCCACACCAAGGGCAUCGGGGCUUCGGGCUCAUUUAAACUGGCCAAAGCCGAAGAUCUGAAGAAGGCAGCCAAGCCCGAACCGGUGGAAAAAGCCAAGAAGAAAGUGAUCAAAGCCGCGAAGCCCAAGAAGGUGGCCAAACCCAAAAAGGUGGCUAAAUCCCCGGCGAAAGCCAAGAAACCCAAAGCCGCGGAGAAGAAAGUGAAGAAGACGCCGGCGAAGAAGAAAGCGGCGGCCAAGCCGAAGAAACCCGUGAAGAAAGCCAAGGUCUCCAAAGCGGCCAAGGCCAGCAAGCCAAAGAAAGUGAGAAGUGCAAAACCAAAAGCCAAGACCACCGCCAAAAAAGUCACGAAAAAGAAGUAAAGGGACAUUCACAAACAAAUGACUCUAUUAUCUACAGAAACACAAUGACUGUAAAUACUUUGGAAGACAACCUUUUCUUAAAUGUUAUUUUUGUAUCGUUUCACGCGGAAUUAUCGAACCUUUCCUAACUCAUCUACACAU